AUGGCCUGGCUGCGUGUUCGGCCUACCGCACCAUGACUGUGCCUGUUCGCUGGGAUGUUGUGCGCCAGGCUAAGCUCUGCUACCAGUGUCUUGGUCCCCAUCUGCUGCGUGCUUGCCACAGCACCCGAUGCCCAUGGUGUGGUGGCCCGCACCACUCGUCAUUGCACCCGCCGCCCGGAGAGCAUGCAGCCCUCAUGCCUACUGAGAGAUGUGUACCUGAUCGCGGACCUCUGUCACCCCCUGCCGCUGCUGCUGUGUCUGAGAGUCGCAUGCCUGAUCGCAGACCAUUGCCGCCCCCUGCUGCUGCUGGUACUUUUUCUGCCAACCAGGGACGGAUGUGCAUGGGCGUGCGGAGCCAGCAGCACUGCUACGUGCAGACGGCGCUCGUGGAGGUGGCUGGUCCUCGGGGCGUGCGUCUAGUACGCGCGCUGAUUGACGGCGGGGCAGACGCCUCCUUCAUCCGGGCUUCACUGGCUGACCAGCUGGGACUCGAGAAGGUCGGCCAGGGGACCUUCGCGUGUGUCGGAUUCAAGGAAAGAGUUGAGGAGGCUCACCAGUACGACCAAGUAAGCGCGCGGCUCACUGGAUACCAGAAAGCAGACGACCCGGCAGCGGCACGCCUACCGCUGUCAGCUGGUUGACGUCGAGCGAAUGUGGACGCUGGACGCUGUGGGAGUCGCCGCAGAGGAGACCGCCGAGAGAGACCCACCUGUACCGACUUGGAACGCCACCGAGAACAGGUAUGAGAUGGGGCUAGUAUGGAAGUCCGACCAGCGCCCAGUGUCUAACCUGAUGUUAUCGAAGACCCGGACUCACCGUAUGACAGAGAAGUUGAAUGUUGAACAGUUCCAGGAGUACGAUGACCACCUGCAUCAGCUGCUGGAAGACGCCGUCAUCGAGCCCGCGCUGCCGAGUCCACCAUCAGAGUUCAUCUUACCGCAUCGAGGACUGCACCGCAACGGCAAACUGCGAGUGGUGUUCGAUGGAUCAGCGCCAGACGGUGCAGGUAUGAGCCUGAACUCCUACCUUGAGCCGGGAGAGAACCUGCUGCAUCGUUUACCAGCUGUGCUACUUAACUUCCGUUCAGGAGCUGUGGGUUGUCAGACGGACAUUCGUGCAGCUUUCCAUCAGAUUGUACUCACUGAGGAGGACCGUCAGUUCGUGCAGCUACUGUGGGCGGGCCAGCGGCUGAGGUUUCGCAGGGUCCCGUUUGGACUCACCUGUUCGCCCUACAUGCUGCUGUGCACUAUCGCUGAGCACGUCCGCCGGUGUCUGCGCGAUGAACCUGUUCUGUUGCAGAAGGUUCAGGAUUCCGUCUACAUGGACGACAUGUGCCCGUCCUUCAGUACGAGGGCGGAGGCAGAGGCCGGACUGACGAAGAUGGGUGACGUCUUCAGCGAGGCCUCCAUGGAUCUUCACAAGACCAGGAUGUCUGGUGACGACACUGAGGACGAGAAGGUGCUCGGCCUACUGUGGAGCACAAGAUCGGAUCGUCUGGCCGUGACCGUGCCACAGGUGACCUGCCCUGGCACCCGGACUGAGCUGCUAUCUGCUGUGAGUAGACCGUUUGAUCCGCUCGGCGUGGUGACGCCGUGGCUGAUCUGGGGGAAGGCCCUGUUUCAGCGUACCUGGCUUGACGCUCAAUGCACAUGGGAUAGUCCCCUGAGUGGGGAGCUGCAGACCGAGGUCCGAGCCUGGUGGAGAGACUCGCCGGGGAGGGUGAUCUGGUUCCCUCGCCUAGCCGGAGCGCGUGACGAUCAGUCCGGAGCGACUUUUCACGUGUUUUGUGACGCGUCUCGGACCGCCUACUGCGCGGUGGUGUAUGUGGUCCAGGGUGGGGAGCCUGCCCUGGUGAUGUCGAAGAGUAGGCUGGCCCCCCUGUCUCCACAUCUAACGAUCCCCAGGCUGGAGCUGAUGGCCGCUGUUGUUGGAGCCAGGUUGAUGGACUUCAUCAAGAACGCGCUGCAUCUGGAGAGCGCAACAGUCACCUACUGGUCCGACUCGACCGACGUGCUUCACUGGCUCAACCGGAGGCGGCCUCUCAAGAUGUUCGUGGAGAACCGGGUGAAGACUGUGCUUCAGUUGACGACCGCCGACCAGUGGAGGUACGUCAGAGGCUCUGAUAACCCCGCUGACAUAGGCACGAGAGGGGUAACGCUGACCUCUCUCAUCGCCUGUGACAAGUGGUGGAAGGGUCCACCAUUUGAUUUGAGUCCGCCUGACUAUGAUGCCUCGUUAGUGCUACUGACGCCUCCCUCAGCAGAAGCCGAAGCAGAGACGAGGCCCGAGGUCAGACGUCAGGUCGUGGCCGUGAGACGAGAGUGUGGCCCUGAUCCGAUUCCAGACGUCAUGCGUGGACCGUUUGAUGUGACUCGGUGUUCUCAUCUCAAGCAGGCAGUGAACCGCACCGCGUGGAUUCUUCGUUUCGCGCACAACGCCAGGCACCAGCGCACGGAGAGGAGGAGUGGAGCGCUGUCACCCGAGGAGCGCCGGGAGGCGCUGCUGUUCUGGAUCCGGGUCUCGCAGAGUGCCGCCUACGCGCCGGAGCUGGAGGCGCUGACGGCAGGCGCACCGCUGCCACCCAACUCGCGACUCGAGAAGGUCAGACCUCGUCUAAACGCAGAUGGUGUCCUAGAAGCAGUCACGCGAACUCACGAACCUGCUCUGAUCAUUCUGCCUGAGUUUGCCCAUCUGACCACCUUGAUAGUGGAUGAUGCACACCGUAAAUCGUUUCACCAGGGUACCCGCACCACACUGGCACUGCUGUCUGGUGAAUACUGUGUGAGGAGACGAACUGUUCAUCGUGUGGUCAGUACAUGCUUCAGGUGCCGGAGGUACCGGGGUGCGCCGUACCGGUCAGCUGAUGGCGCGCUGCCCCCGUUCAGGACGGAGCCCAGUCGUCCGUUCAGCCGGGUCGGUGUGGACUUUUUCGGUCCGAUGUACGUCAAGGGCGGCGACAAGGUAUGGGUACUGCUGCUGACCUGUGCCUCGUCGCGAGCUGUGCAUCUCGAACUGUGUAAGACUCAGAAUGUCGCUGACGUCAAGCUGGCUUUGCGCCGCUUCUUUGCGCUACGUGGCACGCCAUCGCUAGUUGUGAGUGACAAUGCCAGAACGUUUCAUGCCCUGCUCGGGCACCUACCUGCAGCUGUGACCUGGCGCUUUGUACCCGAGGCGGCGCCCUGGUGGGGCGGCUUCUGGGAACGUUUGGUCGGGAUAACCAAGAAGUCCCUGCGCAUUACCCUGCACCAGUGUUAUCUUACCCAUGAGGAGUUGGCAGUCACCCUGUAUGAGUUGGCGUUACAACUGAACUUCCGACCUCUCACCCCAGGUGACGACGACGUGCUGACGCCCGCGCACCUGUUGUUCGGGGUCACGUCCAUCCGUGGCGUGCUCUCUCCGUCUGGCCACGAGCUGGACAGCCUGAGUCGGCGCUGGCGGCACCAGCGGCUGAUCAGCGAGCACCUGGUUCAGCGAUGGACCAAAGAGUACCUGCAGACUCUACGCACGUGGAGCUUCUCUCGGCGCGGCCGUCCGGUUCGGCUGCCCGAGGUCGGAGAGAUUGUGCUGGUGCACGCGGAAGGUCCGCGUGGUCGCUGGCCUCUGGCGCGCGUGGUGUCCCUCCUGUCUGGAGCGGACGGCCGCGCUCGCGCGGCGAGUAUCGUGCUAAGAGGGCGACUUACCCGCCGCCCGAUCAACAAACUGUUGAGACUAGAGGCGUCGGAGUGAAGUGAGCGUCGGCGAGGCGAGUGCCGAAAAAGUGACUGUGUGCCGAGUGAGGAGAGACUUUUCGAAGUGAUGGCUCACUUCGAAAGUGGGGAGUAUGUCGCUAUUCGUUACUGCCCUGUGACCUUUUUUCUCCUCAUGUUACCGUACCGUAUUUGUUUUCCAUCGUUACUGUGUUGUAUCCUACCUUUCCUUUACGCCUCGUCAUUUUAUUUUACCUAUGGCAGCCCAUUUGGUAACCCCUGCAUCCUUCACGAAUAUUUUUCCUAACCGCGCCGAUUUCGCUUUGUUGUCGUAUUUCGUUCUGAGUUCUGUCGCCACCGCCGCCGUGUGAGGUUGUGUACCGCCAGUGUGCUAUCUGCUGCCACCACCGCCACCAAUAUAAUUGAAGUGCUCAUAUAU